AUGCCGUUGACGGCGCUCGAUUACACGGCACCCCAGAACUACAUGAUGACCAGCUUCAUAUUUCCGUUUGAAAGCAUCUUGGAAAGUGACAGACAAGUUGUUGUAACCUAUCUCAAAGGUCGGCUCGCUCGGACCUUCUCCUUGAUUCCGGCUCUCGGGGGCCAAAUGAUCCAUGCCAGGGACGGCGAGCUACCGAGGGUGGUCUAUUCGGAGGAGGCCGGCGAAUCCAACCUGGAUCGCUUCCCUAACGAGAUUUGCGACUACCGAGUUUUGGACGGGACGCAGUUCCCCUGGAGCUUCGAUGAGCUUUCGGCACUCGGUGCUCCCGCAGCAACCAUGACCAAGGACCUUCUCUGGCUACUCCCCGAGACAGGCCCAGCACCGGGCGACGCAUGCCACCCCGUGACGCUGCGCAUCUCCUUCAUCACCGGCGGCCUGAUCCUCGGUUUCGCAUUCCACCACGGCAUCAUGGAUGGCGGCGGCCGGCUCGACUUCCUCACCCUCUUCACCACCGACACCCUCGAGAACCUCGCCACCCUCCACGCCCGCAAACAAAACUUCAUCGCCUUCACGACCCGCACCGCCCAACAACAAACCUCCCUACCAACCCAACCCCUCCAAACAACCUACGACUUCACCACCCCCACCACACCCCCAACCCUACCCCCCGCCAUCGCCAAAAUCUUCACCAUCCCCAACGCAUCUCUCCGCGCCCUACAGACCACAUGCCUACAGCACCUGCGCACCGCCCACGGCGACACCCCCCACGCGUUCGUCUCGCCCUCCGACGUGCUGUGCGCGCUCGCCUGGCUGCACGUCACGCGCGCGCGCCUGCGCGCCGGACGCGUCCUGUCGACGGAUAUCACGCGCUUUGCGACGGCGGUGAGUAUAAGGGGGAAGCUUCCCCUUCUGGGGGGUGGUGAGGGUGGUGGUGGUGAUGGUGCGUUGGGGGGUGGGUAUCUGGGCAAUAUGUGGCUGCGGGCGCUGGCGGGGAUGUCGGUGGGUGGGUUGGUCGGGGCGGAUGUGGGGACGGGUGCGCCGGUUGGGGUUGAGCAGGUUGCUGAGGCGGCGUGGUGUGCGAGGAGGGCGAUCAUGGAGUUGGUGGAGCCGGAGACGCUGAAGGGGCAUCUUGCGCUGGCGGCGAGGGCGACGGAUUUGGAGGGUACCCUUGCUGGGGAGGGAGAGAGGGUUACGUGGCCCGAGGUGGACGCUGCUGUGCGUCGGUCCAUUGCUAGACAUCAUACCGGGUUGGACGCUUCGGUUGGGGUUGGGCUCGGGGCGGAUGUCGAGUUCGAGAUUCCCGGGGUCAAUGGAGGGGAGAAGACGAAGGCUACCUGGGUUAGGCGGGCGUAUGUGGCGAACGAUGGGGCUAUGAGUGUGCUGCCGAGGAGGGGUGGCACGAAAGGUGACAGAGAUUGGGAAAUUUGGCUGGCCCUGAGGGAGGAGGAUAUGCGGGUUGUGGAGGAGGUAGGGGAGCUGGGGGGUUGGUUGUCGCGGCCUCCUGCUUGAGGAAGAGGUGCUCGGGAGGCUGGCUGUCAUCCCAGGAGGCAAUGAUGAUGCUGGACGCCGCUUCUAAUCGUUUUUGAUA